UUAUUUUUUUAUGUGAAAGUUAACCCGGAAGUAAAUAAACCCUCGUGUCGCUGUUGAAAAAUGUCAACCAAUAGUUCAGAGAAAAGACCUAAACCUGCGUCCCCUCAGUUCGGGGACCAGAUUCCUUGGAAGAAGAGGAAAGUAGAAUUAAAGGAGAAACACAAGCAGUGGAAAAAGGCUAAACUCAUCAAACGGUUGGAGAAGCAGAAACAGCAAGAGACUGCAGAAAGAGCGGAGCAGGAGGAAUGCCAGAGUAAAAAAGGACGAGCUUACACGGUGAGCGUGGCCCUUCCGGGCUCCGUCCUGGACAACGCUCAGUCCCCUGAGCUCCGGACGUACCUGGCGGGACAGAUCGCCCGAGCCUGCGUCGUGUUCAAUGUCGACGAGAUCAUCGUGUUCGACGAGCAGGGGGAAGAUGUCAAGAGUGUCGAAGGAGAAUUCAAAGGUGUUGGAAAGAAGGGCCAUGCAUGUAUUCAGCUCGCCAGAAUACUUCAGUACAUGGAGUGUCCGCAGUAUUUGCGCAAGUGGUUCUUCCCGGUGCACAAAGACUUACAAUAUGCAGGUUUGCUUAAUCCUCUGGACAGUCCUCAUCACAUGAGGAUAGAUGAAGAGUCAGAGUAUCGGGAAGGAAGAGUCCUCAACAAGCCGCCGAAACAAGGAAAGGGUUCGUUGGUGAACUGCGGAAUGAGGAAGGACGUGCGGAUUGAUAAACAACUUCAGCCAGAUCUGCGAGUUACAGUAAAACUUACUAAGACACAGAAUCAAGAAAGCAGACUUUAUAAAGGUGUCGUCGUGGCGCCUCAUGUUCCCAGAACAGAAGGUGGUCUCUACUGGGGGUACACGGUCCGCCUGGCAUCCUGCCUGAGUUCAGUUUUCACUGAGAGUCCUUUUAAAGAAGGGUAUGACCUGACAGUUGGCACCUCAGAGAGAGGCAGCAGCGUGGACCAAGUCACUCUGUCACCAUUCAAGCACCUUUUGGUGGUUUUUGGAGGUCUUCAGGGUUUGGAAGCCAGCCUGGAUGCAGACCAAAACCUGGAUGUGACUGACCCCGGCGACUUGUUUGACCUCUACCUUAACACAUGUCCAGAUCAGGGCAGCAGAACCAUUAGAACAGAGGAAGCUAUUCUGAUCUCCAUGGCGACACUGAAACAGAAGAUCAGAGCUGCUUUUUCAGAGGAUUCCAGUAGUUCAUGAAAAAUACUGUAAACAUACCUUUGUGUAGCAUAUCUGAGAAUUACCUUCUGUAAAUAGACAUCGACUUAAUUGA